GAUUGAUUUAUGCUAAUUGUGCCCUUUUAAGGAAGCAACUAGUGAUCAGUAUUAAAUCAAUAUCUCCAUAACAUUACAUAAAGCUAGCUUUGGCGUCCUGGUACGGGGAAAAGAUGGCAACAUGGGUUUGGUGCUACAUGACGAUGUUAAUGAUAAUAUUAAUGUGGGUUAUGCCUUCAUUUUCAAUUGAAGAAGUCGAUAGUAAGCUUGGUGUUUAUGCCACCAUAAAAUAUGAUUUAAACACUGGCAAGGAUGGCUACUCAAAGUUCCUAACAAGCUUCCGUAACACAGUGAGUACCACAAGGGUUUGCGACAUACAAACCACAUCAAGUGUCCCAAAUUAUAUUUAUGUAGAGCUUCAAUCAAGCCCCACAAAAACUAUAACAAUAGGACUUGAUACAAAAGAUUUAUAUGUAUGGGGUUAUAAGGACAAUGCUAAGUAUGGUGGUAAAAUUCGGGCUAGAUUCUUUAAAGAGGUUUCAGCCGAUGCUUAUGAGAAACUAUUCCCUGGCACUGAUAUUAAAACCAAAACCAGAACGUCUGUAAGAUAUGAUUCAAUGGUGUAGUUUAGUAGGUUUGAUAGGCAAAAUUUGGAUUUGCGAGUAACCACAUUACAAGAAGUGUUUAAAGAGGUGUAUGGGAAAUCAGAAAGUGAGCUUGUGAAAAUCGAUCCAGGGAUGGGCCAAGCUGAAGCUAAUUUCUUUUUUAUUAUGUGUCAAAUGAUUGCUGAGGCAGCGUGUUUUACAUUUAUGGAGAAACUUAUAAUUUCGGGUGGAACAAAACCAGAGUCAAAAGAAUUCAUUGCUUUUUACACUAACUGGAAUAAAGCAGCUAAAGCUAUUCACGCGACUGUGCCAACAUGUAAGGAUCUUAAAGAAGCUCUUCAAAUUGGUAAAGGUACGUACAAAACAGUGGCGGAUCUAAGAGUGAAGAUUGCCCUCAUUAAGUUUGAGAAAAAACUGUCCGACGCCAAUAAUUUUCUUGAAUUCCGCAUCAGUUAUGUGAUCUGGAUCCCUCAUACACUCUCAAUGGCGUCGUUACAUUAUCUAUUACUUAUAAGUCAUAAUGGACCUUGCAUUGCUUAAUAAAGGAAUCAUACAUCCUUGGUCACCAAACCCUUCUGUAUUCUCACUUCGUUGUAUGUUGUAUUGGUGUGAGUAUCAAUAAUUAAUUAAUGUUUAGCCUGUUGGUAAGAUAGCAAAGCAAUGCACAGAGAAAAAUAGAAAGUUAUGAAGUUGUAUUCUACUAUAUUCUAAUCAACCAAAAAUACAUCCUUUAAAUAGUCAUAAAA